AUGGAGUACAAGGAUGAUUCCGAGUUCUUGGAUGAUAUCCAGAAGUCCAAAACCCGAUCCAAGGAAAUCGUGAGAAUGCAAAUGCACUUAGCUUAUCUUGAUGAAUCAGAGCCCGCAAGUGAAGAUGAAAAUCAAGCACCAGCUAAUGCCGAAGAAUUUAAAGUUGUCAGAAAGUUUAGCUUACAAAAAUUCCUUGAGGCACACCCAAUCUUAAAUGUCAAAGACCUUUGUAACUUUUCUUUGGAUCAACUCUUGUAUUUAGUUGAUGUUGUUCGCGAGCAUGAGUUUUCAUCCAGACGCGGUCGGAAAAACGGUUGUGAUCCAUUAGAUGCGUUAUUCCUAACAUUAACUUACUAUUGCACUUAUCUUCCAUUGCAAAAAAUGUCAGGAAUUGUUAGUUUGAAACAGAGUUACCUCAGCAAAAUCAUUAACAAAACAACAAACAGGAUGUUCCCAAUUUUCAUUGCUGAAUUCAUUCCAAAACAAUAUUCUCCCUGUGACAAGGAGUUCGAUAACUUUCCAACAUGUGUUGCUGCAGUUGAUAGCUCUACUAUUCCUUUUACCGUUCCUCUUGAUCUUGCUGAGCGUAAAAGUUCAUGGGAUGCUAAAAACCAUUGCAAUGGUAUGAAGGUUCAAGUUCUUGUUAAUCCUUUAGGACAGGUAAUUCACAUGAAUACAAGUUUUUUAGCUUCAGUUCACGAUAAGAAAGUAUUUGAUUUAUCAGGAGCUUCAGAUUUUUUACAUGUCCAACGUGGAGUUGAAUCUGUUGCAUUAGGACUUCUUGCAGAUAGAGGUUACAUCGGUAUUCAGAAAUACCAUCCAACAGCCGUCAUUAUGCAAAGAGGUGAUGACGAAGAAGUUACAAAACGCAAUAAUGCGAUUGCACAUGAUCGCCAAAUUGUCGAACGCCGCUUUGCACGCGAUAAAAGUAAUUGGAGUGUCUUGGCAAUAGGAUAUCGUGGUGAAAAAGGCAAUCUUCCACUUAUUGUUCAAGGAUUGUUUGCUUUAGAUAACUAUCACAUCGAUUCCACACCUCUCAGUGAGAAGGAUAACUGCGAUUUUCCUUGCACUCCAAAAGAUGAAAAAGAAGCUGCAGCAACACCAGAACCAAAUGGUUCAGGAAGCCCAAUGCCAAAGCCAAGAUGUGUUCCAAAAGAUCUUUAUCUCCAAACUCCAGAAACUCCAAUGAAGAUUCCAUCUCCACUAGCUGGAUAUGAAAAGAUUGAUAAGAUACUUGUUAAAAGAACACAAAAUGCAAUCUACAACAUCGAAACAAAAAUGUCAAUUCCAGGAUUACAUAAUGAGGGAGCUACCUGCCAUGUCAAUGCCGUUUUGCAAGUUUUGUUCUACGUAAAUACUUUCAGAAAAGAUGUAAUGGAGCAUUUGGGAGAUGUCGAAUAUACGCCAGUGAAAGCACUUGCCGAAAUUUAUGAUCAGAUGUUGCACUACCGCCACAAGGAAUACACAAUUUCAUGCUCACAAUUCAUCACAACACUCGGCAAGCAAUACUUCCAGCAGCAAGAUGCCGAUGACACAUUUCAAAAGAUUGUACAUGAUGUUACGGAAUCAGCAAACAAACCAGAUAUUGCCGUUACAUUCCAAUAUCAAACUGAGACUCCUGAUGAAAGCUUCUAUUCGGUUUCGCUUCACAUUCCUCUUGGUGCAGCAGGUAUUGAUCAAGGAAUUAAACAAAUGUGCACAGAUGAUUCUCAUAUCAAUGAAAUCUCAACAUUCCUCUGGGUCGACGUUCAGAGGAAUUGGUCUGAUCCAAAUGUCUUCUUUGACAAAUUUGAGAUCAAGAAGAACUACAAAACUCAACUCAGUGAUGGAACGUAUGUAUUUAAGAUACAUUCCAUUAUUGCUUAUCAUCAAGGUCAUUUCGUUGCCUUCGUCAACAAAGGAAGAGUUUGGUUCAUGCUCGACGAUGAAAUUACUUACAUUGUUCCUGAUGGUUUGAUCAAAGGUCUUCAAGGUGGAGAUGUUGGCAGCGAUUUGUGGUCAUAUCUUGGUGGUGUCAAAUGGCUUGCAAAAUGUGUCAUCUAUCGCAAACACAAGUUCUAUGGAGUUGGUGAUGAUGAUGAUUGA